AUGGACGAAAUCCUAAGAGAGGUUGCUCUUUUACAUUGUAAAGAGUUGUUUGAGGAACAUAAGGUUGGACCUAAAGAAGUACUAACCUUGACCGAUGCCGAGUUUGAAAAACUUGGAGUAUUGACAGUUGGGGACAGAGCAAGAUUGAGAAAUCGCUGCAGAACCAUUGUGCAAUUGCCAGACUCUCCCACACUUAGAAAGUUAAGAGAACUAAGCUCUCACCGGAAUAUACAAAGGAAGCAAUUCGGCAGGUCAAAUAAUAUAUCCACCACCAGAAGAGUACAUAUUGGUUGGAUGAUCAAAAAAAAAAGAAAUUCUGUGUACUCGAGAGUCACUGGUGGUAAGGAGGUCAUAGAUAUACAUAAAAGUACCACUUUAGCAGAAAUGAAGGAGAAAUUUCUAGAAAUUUAUUUUCCAAAUGGUGAAAAUAAGAUACAGGGUCUUCAAUUGAAGGACUACAACUAUUAUAUUGGAAACUAUGCUGGAGCUCCAAUUCAGGACACAUUAAGUAAUGGAGACCCCUUCACCUUGGAAGGUUAUUACAAUGAAAUAAGAACUUACCCCAUCAGAUUGUACCUAUUUACAUCUGCAAUCAUAUCACCAGGGGCGGAUGAAGAUUCUGUCAUUAUUAAAAAACAAUCAGGAGAACCACAGAAAAAAAUCAAAUUAGCAAAUGAAAAAGUUCUGCAGGAUGAGAGUGAUGAUGAAUUUGAAAGUCUGCCUAAACUAGUUUUGAGAAAAUCAAAGAGAAGGAAAGAAGAUAAAAAGGUGAAGGAUUCGGAGCCCAAAACUGCAACCAUAGCUGAAAUACCUUCAAACCCAGAAACAAGUCCAACAGUUGAAGAAUUGGAAUCUGAUGUCUCAGAAUCAAGAGCACCAACAACAGAAAAACAGGAGACCAAAAGCUCUGCUGAUUCAGGAAUACACAUUCCAUCUGAUUCAGGAACCCCAACGAUUGUUUUCAACAAAAAUGCUGAUAGUGUUUCAAGACCCCUGAGUAUCAGGAAUAUGACAGCUGAAGAAAUUCUUAAACAACUAAGAAAUAAUAUAAAAGUUGAUGGUAAAAAAAAUAUUAUUAAUGUGGACAGGAACAAUGUGUUGGCCACUAAAGAUUCAUUCAGAAGAGAAAAAUUCAUGGCUGACCAGCCAUUAUUUGUAAGAUUUUCGGGAGAAAAAGGAAUUGAUGACGGUGGUCCAUCAAGGGAAUUCAUGAGAAUGAUUAUGAAAGCAGUGUCAGAGUCUGCAAUAUUUGAAGGGGAGUCCAGAAGGAAGAUGCUGUUGCAAAACCUGUUAGCUGAAGAGAACGGUGAUUAUGAGACCUAUGGGAUGAUAAUAGCUUAUUGCUUGGUGCAUGGUGGACCAGCACCAAGAUUUAUGUCAGAGUUCAUGUUUGGGCUUUUGGCCUAUGGGCCGGAUUCAGCAGAUCCAACCAUAGAUGACAUUGUUGAUGAUGAAUACAAGAAACAAGUUCAACAGAUUGAAAUGUCAACAGAUAUUUCAUCUUUUUUUGAUGCUGUUGAUCCAAUGAGGCCACUUUUGGAUUAUAUUGGUGCUCUUCCAUUAGCUGUGCCAAAAAGAAAAAAUGAGCUUGUCCAUGCUUUAUGUAGGCAUAUAGCUGUAACAAGGAUUGAGAAGUCACUUAAACAAUUCACCAAAGGUCUACAAUGCCUUGGUGUACUUGACAGGAUUAGAAAUUAUCCUGAUGCCAUGAGAGGACUCUUUGUCCAUAAAAGCGACCUUCUUCUUGAUGCAGUGGAAAUGGACAACAUGUUCCUUGUUGAGUUCUCUGAGGAAGGCAGUAACAAGUAUAUAAAUGAAUUAAGAAUACAGACUUACUGGAGAGAUUAUUUAGUUGAAAUAGAAGAUACGCCCGACAAAUUCAAAUCUAUCUUGACUUUUGUCACUGGGUUGGAUUCAGUUCCACCUUUGGGGUUUUCUCCACCACUCAAAUUAAAGUUUCGUCAUCCAGAAGCAGAAGAAAAUUUCAGUGUGUUUGCUACCCCUUAUGCAAACACAUGUUCCAACACUCUGAGCAUUCCUGUCACCGAAACAUACAGUGCGUUCAAAGAAGUCAUGGACAAUGCACUAGAUUUGGGUUGUUUAUUUACUGAUUAUUGAGAAAUGUUAGGUGGUGUAUAUAUAUCCAUGUGUUUAGCUCACAGGUUAGAGUUAAGAUAUUAAAGUGUGCAUGUGUUCAGAUUGUAUUUAGGUUUUAUGAUGUGUAUUUUAAAAAGUCAAAAAACUUUUUAAUAUUUACAAAAUUGUUCACUGAUUGAAAUUGUGUGAAUUAAUUGUGAAAUGAAAAUGGCAAAUUUUUACUCAUUUUGUUUCAGUUGGUAUUAGCUGGACUUUUAGCAAGCUAUUCAAUAUUUCACUAUGGUACAAUUAUAUUUACUUAUAUUUACUUUAUAACUAGUCAAUUAUUUUCAAUACAAAUGUGAUACAAAAUACUGAUAUUUUCUUAAAACGAUAUUAUGAUAUCAGUUUCUUUCAUUACAUGCCCCUCCCCCCAAAAACCUCAUUGUAUUAUAAGAAAUUAUUAGCGUAUUAAGGACAUGCAUGUUCAAAUUAUGGAAAAUUUUCAUUGUAUAAAGCUAUAACAUAUUGAAGCUUUUUGCUUCAGAAAAUGGUCACAAAAUUAAAAUCUUAAUAACACCAAACUUCUGGUUUAGGAUAGGGCAGGACUUUAACCAAUGUAUUAUUGUCAUGACAAUACAAUGUACCUGAAACA